GUUAUAAUCAUUGCUUUAGAAUUUAGAUAAACAACAGAGUUCCGGAAUUCAGGGGAUGAAGUUUGGUUCUGCAUACUAUGUUAUGGAUCAAGAAUGUGGAUUUUUGGGUACGGAUCACUUACUUGGAAAGUGGACUUCCCUUAUUGUCAACGUGUAGUGGGCUAUAUUAAAGGCUAUGUUCGAAGGUUCUGGCAAGCAAGCAUUGAUCACCGUGGUGUACCAGGCAAGCCUGGCAGAGUUGUCACUUUAGUCCCAUCUGAAGAUCCAGAGGACCAAGUAUGGGGCAUAGCAUAUAAGAUUAGAGAUGAAGAGCAAGAUAAAGUGAUGGCUCAUCUUGAUCAUCGUGAGAAAGAUGGUUAUCUUCGUAAAUCAGUUCUCUUUCACCCACUCGACUGUUCCAUUCAUCCGUGGCACCUUACUAUCUACCUAGGAGCCGAUUCCAAUCCCUUCUAUACAGGCCCAACAAAUGAAGACACAAUUGCUGAAAUAAUAGCUUCAGCAGUUGGCCCAAGUGGUUCUAAUUCAGAGUAUCUAUUCCAAUUAGCUGAAGCUAUGAGAAAUGUUGGAGUGUCAGAUUCUCACCUAUUUGGUAUUGAAACAAAAGUGAAACAUAUCUUAAAUGCUUGUGAUAAAUAAAGAACCACAUAUCAACACAGUUUUAACAUUCAACCACAAAGGUAAAAUAUGCUAUUUGUAUUGAUGUAUACAUAGUACAAAAACAGAUUGAGCUUUACAAUAAUUUUUUUUUUAGUAUGGUAUAUACAGUACAAGAUAUUUGUUAUAAUAAUAAUACAAGUACUGUAGUAAUAAUAAUAGUGAACAAAUCCACAGGAGCCUUGAUGAGGGUUCGAACCCAUGCGCUAGGUGUUCCCAAACAUGCUCUAGUCGACUGCACCACGACAUGGUAAAAGAAUUGCAACCUGGGAUACUAUUGCACCCACAGUGGUCCUGACGCUUCCACUGAGGCCUAACCGGGGUUUCACACAAUUCCCCUAUGCACUCGGGCUCUGUCUACGUCCAGCACAUAGGUUUGAACCCUCAUUAAGGUUCCUGUGGAUUUGUUCAUUGAUAUAUCAUGUUAAUGUGAUUUCUCUGUGUAAUAAUAAUAAUAAUAAUAAUAAUACUGUAAUGAUAAUAAUAUCGUUAAAUUAAACAUGUGCACAGUACUGUACUAUCCUUCAUCAGAUUUUCUUGAGCUGUAGUAAUGGUUUUACUGGUAUGAUUUGUCAAAUUUACGUUUAAACUAAAAAAUAUAGGUGUUAAAUCUUAGCCAUACUAUGUGUUCACUGCAACUCUUGCGUGAUGUAAAGUUUUCAUUGUAAAGGUGUACAGUACUCAUGUCAAGAUACUACAGUUGUACAAGUACUGCCUACAUGAGUGGCAGUACUUAUACUAGUACUGUACUACCACUUACUUUACUAGUGUAAAUACUUACACUAGUACAUGUAAGGUUAUUACCUCAAAGUAACUAUUUCUAUAAAGGGAAAGUGGAUUUUUACAGUGAGUUUUGAAAUGUGUUCAGAGGAAGUUAUUUUCUUAAUCUGAUAUCUCCUGAAUGUUUAUAUAAAUUUUAAUUGUGUGAUUUUGUAAUUUAUGGGUAAAGUUUCUGAUUUUUAUGCUACUGUAUUUAAUGUAGUUGAACAGAUAUCAUGGUUUUAUACAAAAUAGUAUUGUUGCAGGAAUUAAAUGCAAGCACAUAACUACAUAGUAAUUUUGACAACCCACCAUGAAAAUGUAAAGAUGAAAUGUUAUACAAAUAUUUAAACGAUCAUAUAAAAAGCUACAGACUGUA